UCGCGCGAUCGCGAAAAUAAACGGACCAUAAUCAUUAAAGUAAAUUAGAAAAGGUUUUAAAAAUAUUAAACAAAAAAUAAAACACCUUUUCUAUUCAUAAGAUUUAAAAAUAAUUUAACAAAAAAAUUACCUGCAUAAACAAAAUUAAAAAAAUGUCACAAAAAGCCGAUAUAGCCUUGAUUGGUUUGGCCGUUAUGGGUCAAAAUUUGAUCUUGAAUAUGGACUCAAAGGGAUUUGUUGUCUGUGCCUACAAUCGUACAGUAGAUAAGGUGGAUCACUUUCUAAAGAAUGAAGCUAAAGGUACAAAUAUUAUUGGUGCCACGUCUUUGGCCGAUAUGGUAAAUAAAUUGAAAAGUCCACGCAAAGUUAUGUUAUUGGUAAAGGCUGGACAAGCCGUUGAUAGUUUCAUACAACAACUUGUGCCCUUGUUAUCUCCCGGUGAUGUUAUCAUUGAUGGUGGUAACUCAGAGUACUUGGAUACCGCCCGACGUUGUGAUGAAUUGAAAGAGAAGGGUAUACUUUUUGUGGGUUCUGGUGUCAGUGGUGGAGAAGAAGGAGCCCGUUAUGGUCCCUCCCUAAUGCCAGGUGGUCAUCCAGAGGCCUGGCCUUUAAUUAAACCGAUAUUCCAAGCCAUUUGUGCCAAGGCUGAUGGUCAGCCCUGCUGCGAUUGGGUAGGUGAAGGUGGUGCUGGUCAUUUUGUAAAAAUGGUCCACAAUGGCAUUGAAUAUGGUGAUAUGCAAUUGAUAUGCGAGGCUUAUCAUAUCAUGACCAGUUUGGGUAUGAAACCAGAUGAAAUUGCACAGGAAUUCGAUAAAUGGAAUCGCGAAGAAUUGGAUUCAUUCCUAAUUGAAAUCACAGCAGAUAUCUUGAAAUAUAAGGAUACUAAGGGUCAUCUAUUGGAACGUAUUCGUGAUACAGCUGGUCAAAAAGGUACCGGCAAAUGGACAGCCAUAGCUGCUCUUCAAUAUGGCAUUCCGGUGACUUUGAUUGGUGAAGCUGUAUUUUCUCGCUGUUUGUCAGCUCUUAAAGAUGAACGUGUGGCUGCCAGUAAACAACUACAUGGUCCUAAAACAUCCAUAAAGGUGGACAACUUGAAGGUGUUCCUAAAUCACCUUAAACAUGCCCUUUACUGUUCGAAAAUUGUCUCAUAUGCCCAGGGUUUCAUGCUGAUGCGUGAAGCCGCCAAUGUCAACAAAUGGAACUUAAAUUAUGGUGGCAUCGCUUUAAUGUGGAGAGGUGGUUGUAUUAUCAGAAGUGUUUUCUUGGGAAAUAUCAAGGAUGCUUAUGAUAGCAAUCCUAAGUUAUCGAAUUUACUAUUAGAUCCUUUCUUCAAGAAGGCCAUAGAAACUGGUCAAGCUUCGUGGCGUGAAGUGGUAUCGAAGGCCUUUUUGUGGGGAGUACCAGUACCUGCUUUAUCAACAGCUUUAUCUUUCUAUGAUGGUUAUCGUUCCGAAAGAUUACCAGCCAAUCUUUUGCAAGCACAAAGAGAUUAUUUCGGAGCCCACACCUAUGAACUUUUGGGUGAGGAGGGUAAAUUUGUACACACUAAUUGGACUGGAACUGGUGGUAAUGUGUCGGCUAGUACCUAUGAUGCAUAGAUCACUUCUAGAGCAUUCACUCAAUCGAAUAGAAAUUAUGGCAAACAGUCAAAAAAUGUAUUUUCAUUCCAAUGUAUUUAAUUAUCAUACAUUAUCUACUAAACGCUCGUAAUCUUACAUUUCUUAAUUUACUUAAUCUUAUAUUUCUUUUGGGUUUCAACAAUUGUUAUUAGUUAUUUGUAUUUGAUAUUAAAUUAUACAAAAAAAUGGUUAAAAUUUAAACAUUGUA